CGCGUGCCAACAGUGCUGUGCGUCUUCACUGUCAAACUCUCAGAUCUACCCCCACUCUCCCCCUUUUAUUCUGUUUAUAGGCAUCCAAUUUCCACUCACUAUCUACAAAUUCAACAUUUCGAUAGAAAUUCGGAGCUUAGAUCCAUUAUCUGGACGCCAGUUGCUCGGACCAUAAAUCUGGCAUCUGGAAUAGUCUAUUAUCUUUGAUUCCAAGAAAUUUAGGGAACCCACAAAUUGAUCAUAAUUUGGAUAACAGUUACCAGAUUAUACAACUGGUAUCCAUCAUCCACCAACAAAACUAUGGGAUCAAUCUUGUGAUCUAUAUAGAUUGCAUUUAAAGUGAAGACCAAUUAACGUUGUGAAGCAUCAAACAUAAUGAGAGGAAGAACAGAUGGAUCGAAGAAACGUUUGCUCACCACUUUCUUUUUUGUAGCAGUUUUCCUUCUUUUCCUGUAUUUGUACUUUGGUUCUCAGAGUCAAGGUGAAUCAGCUCUAGAAUAUGGCAGCAGAUCUUUAAGGAAACUUGGAUCCUCAUACUUAGGUGGGGAUGAAGAAUCUGAUCUUGGCAUUAAGCAAGAUGAUUUCAAAUUUGGGUUGGAUGAUGAAGAUGGUAUUGUGCCAAAGAGUUUUCCUGUUUGUGAUGAUCGAUACUCUGAGUUGAUACCUUGUCUAGAUCGAAACCUCAUCUACCAAAUGAGAUUAAAAUUGGAUCUUUCUUUAAUGGAGCACUAUGAAAGACACUGCCCUUUACCUGAAAGGCGUUUCAACUGCUUGAUUCCUCCUCCAACAGGGUACAAGGUCCCCAUCAAGUGGCCUAAAAGCAGAGAUGAAGUAUGGAAGGCUAACAUUCCACACACUCACCUUGCAAAAGAAAAAUCUGACCAAAAUUGGAUGGUUGUUAAAGGCGAAAAGAUCAUAUUCCCAGGUGGAGGAACUCAUUUCCAUUAUGGAGCUGAUAAAUACAUCAAAUCACUAGCAAAUAUGCUGAACUUUCCAAAAGACAACAUGAACAACGAAGGAAACCUACGAACAGUUCUCGAUGUGGGAUGUGGAGUUGCAAGUUUCGGGGGUUACCUUCUUGCAUCCGACAUCAUGACAAUGUCAUUAGCACCAAACGAUGUUCACCAAAACCAAAUCCAAUUCGCUUUAGAAAGAGGGAUUCCCGCAUACCUCGGUGUUCUUGGAACAAAAAGACUUCCAUACCCUUCACGCUCUUUCGAACUUGCUCAUUGUUCUCGUUGCAGAAUCGAUUGGCUUCAAAGGGACGGAAUCCUUCUUCUUGAGUUAGACAGGCUGUUAAGGCCAGGUGGCUAUUUUGCUUACUCCUCUCCUGAAGCUUAUGCUCAGGAUGAAGAGGAUCUUAGGAUUUGGAAGGAAAUGAGUGCACUUGUUGAAAGGAUGUGUUGGAAGAUUGCUGCUAAGAGGAAUCAGACUGUUAUUUGGGUCAAACCUUUGACUAAUGAUUGUUAUAUGGAGAGAGCUCCUGGGACCCAGCCUCCUCUUUGUAGAUCCAAUGAUGAUCCGGAUGCUGUUUAUGGAGUUAACAUGGAAGCUUGCAUCACUCCUUACUCUGAUCAUGAUCACUCAAGUAAAGGAAGCGGAUUGGCACCAUGGCCCGCUAGGCUGACUUCUCCACCUCCUCGUCUUUCCGACUUUGGCUAUUCAAGUGACAUGUUUGAAAAGGACACGGAGACGUGGCGUAAAAGGGUUGAGAACUACUGGGAUCUAUUGAGUCCAAAAAUAACAGCAAACACCAUAAGGAAUGUGAUGGAUAUGAAGGCAAACUUGGGUUCAUUUGGAGCUGCUUUGAAAACCAAAGAUCUUUGGGUCAUGAAUGUUGUCCCUGAAGAUGGACCAAAUACAUUGAAGCUUAUCUAUGACAGAGGCUUACUUGGCUCAAUUCAUAACUGGUGUGAAGCAUACUCAACAUACCCACGAACAUACGACCUACUCCACGCAAGCGAUGUAUUCUCCGACAUAAUCGAAAAGAAAGGCUGCAGUGGCGAAGAUCUUUUAAUCGAAAUGGACCGGAUCCUAAGGCCCACGGGUUUCCUAAUAAUCCGCGAUAAAAAACCCGUAAUCGACUUCGUGAAGAAGUAUUUAACUGCAAUACACUGGGAACAGGUGGCGAUGGCUGAUUCGUCAUCUGAUGAAACCGAUACAGAUCAUGUUGUGCUCAUUGUUCAAAAGAAACUAUGGCUCACUAGCGAAAGCUUGAGGGAAACAGACUAAGUUUUUCAACUUAUAAAAACCAAACCCACUAGGUAAAAAAAGAAGGUGAAAAUGGUUAUGUUUUGUAGUAUCUCUCCCUCUCACUCUCUCAAGUUGUGACAUCUUAGUAGUGUUUUGUUAUGAUUUAGUUGAUUUAUUUGUUAUGAUGAUAUACAUUUGCAUCUACAAACACUUGGUUUUCAGUUUUAUAUUUGUGUAUUAUUUAUUUGGAUUUUAAAUUAUAUAAUCCAAAUUUUAGUUCAUUUGA